AUGUCCCCUGAAGCCAACGGUAGCCCCUUUCCUGACGGGGCAACCACACAGGAGAAGGGUGUGGGAGAAGACGUGGACCCUCUUGAAGGAGUUGAUUUGACGAUCCCCGAUGACUGCGAAGAAGUUGCCAUGAAAAACGGAGUUACCUACAGGGGAGAAUGGAGAAACGGAAAACAGCACGGACGUGGGGAGCAGCGACAGGCACACGGGGUGGUGUACACUGGCCAGUUCAAUCAAGGGCAGAUCGACGGAUUCGGCAGACUCACCAGGGCCGAUGGCAGCAAAUACGAAGGGGAAUUCGUCAAGGGAAAAGCGGAAACGCGCACAAGACCAGGAGUAUACACUUUCCCUGACGGUUCGAAGUACGUUGGGCACUGGAAACAAGAUAAGCGACACGGCGAGGGGUGCGAGACCUUGGCAGACGGCUCCCAGUACCGCGGGCAGUUUGUCGACGGGCUGAAAUCUGGUCACGGGGUCAUGACAGCUUCGAAUGGAGAUAUUUAUGAGGGAGAUUUUCAACAGGGAGAGAUGAGCGGGCACGGGCGGUAUUCGUGGCCAGAUGGACGGGUAUACGAAGGGGAGUGGCGAGCGAGUCGCAUGCACGGACAGGGCACCUUCUACUUCACAGAUGGCAGAAAAUAUGAAGGCCAAUUUGUGGACAGCAAAAUGCAAGGGGAGGGGUGUCUGACCUGGCAGGACGGCUCCUCCUUCAGAGGCCAGUUCAAGAACGGGCUGCCUCACGGAGAAGGCCGCCACACGCCAAAGGGGGGUGCGCCAUCGCCUCUAGCUCUGUGGAACCUUGGAGUACGAGUUAAGUGGCUGGAGGAUCCGGUCGCAGUUCAGACCGAGGCAAACAUGUCUCCUGAGAAGCCUCAUGAAGCCCCUGCGAAGCAGAACUCUUCCCAGGGUGCCGCACAAUCUGAAGCAGCAGCAGAAGGAGCCGCGGCAGCAGCUGUUCCAGCAACAGCAGCAACAGCAGCAGCAAAGUAG